AAUUCCCUCUUAUUGAUUUAGACUGUAAGCUUAAUAGCCGUGUUACAAGGCGAUUUCAACGUGAAGUGAUAUUGAAGACAGUGGGAUACGGGAAUCGUGGAGGUAUUUCCCUCCCUUGCUCUUCAUUUGAUUUAUUCCGUUUCAACUGAAGGGUAAAUGUUGAUGAUGGAGGACGACGAAUUAGACGCUCAUCAGGUUGAUUCGGAUUUCGAGCCGCAAAGCCGGCCUCGCUCAUGCACCUGGCCGCUACCUUGCCCGGAGGAUUUCCCCGGUGGACACGAGGUCAGCGGGGGUCUUCCACUGGCCAACAUCAAGGUGGAACCGGAGGACGUCCCGGCUUGCAGAGCGGGGCUCGUAGGCGGAACGCCGGGAGAGCUGAAGCAUCCAGCCGGCGCCCCGGCACCCACAGGCGCGACGCACCCAUGCCUGGCUGGCGCGGCGCUCGAUGUGACCGGACCGCUGCGCAAAGCCAAAUCCUCGCGGCGGAACGCGUGGGGUAACCAGUCCUACGCGGAUCUCAUUACCCGCGCCAUUGAGAGCAGCCCAGAAAAGAGACUCACGCUGUCACAGAUAUACGACUGGAUGGUCCGUUAUGUGCCCUAUUUCAAGGAUAAGGGCGACAGUAAUAGCUCAGCUGGCUGGAAGAACUCCAUCCGUCACAACCUGUCUCUCCACACGCGUUUCAUCCGGGUGCAGAAUGAAGGGACAGGGAAGAGCUCCUGGUGGAUGCUGAACCCAGAUGGAGGGAAGAUGGGCAAGGCCCCGCGCCGACGAGCUGUUUCCAUGGACAACAGCACCAAAUAUCUAAAGAGUAAAGGCCGCGUUAGGGGCAAGAGGGUUGGGCGUCCUGGGAUAGGAGCUGGGUCUGCCGUGGUGGGGCUCCAGGGUUCCCCUGACCAUGGCAGCCCACCACGUAAAGGCCUCCCAGGUGCUGGAGGUACAUCUGGGACAGAUGGAGAAUUUGAUGCCUGGACAGACCUCCACUCCAGGGCCAGCUCAUCAGCCUCCACCCUGAGUGGGCGUCUGUCACCCAUCCUCGCUGAGGGAGAACCAGAGGAACCAGAGGAGGGAGGCCUGUCCUGUUCCACCUCACCCCACCUCUACCCCUCACCAACCAGUGCCCGCUCUCCAUCCAUGGGGGCAGGGAAUCGUUGUCCUCCCCUUGAGCAGUUGCCUCAGCUGGCUAACCUGACAGGUGCCAUCAGUCUUGAUGAACAGCUGAUGGAGGAUGGUUAUCAUCACCAUCACCCACAGCAGCAACACCAGCAGCAUCCUGCUGUUGGUAGACAUAAGCACCAAACCCCUGUCUAUCACUACAACUCUGGAGUGAAGGGGCAGAACUCCUAUGGUGCAGGUGUGUAUGGUGCAGCAGGCAUGGGGAUGCUGCGCCACCACUCGCCCAUGCAGACCAUUCAGGAGAACAAGCCAGCCAGUUUUUCUGGAACCAUGCGGGCAUAUUCCAGCACCAAUGCCCUGCAGAGUCUGCUAACAGGGGGGUCAGCUGGGCAGCAAUACUGUGCCAAGGACAUGAUGCUAGGACAGGAGAGAGAGAGCCAUCCCAUGAUGGGCCAAGCUUGUAAUGGAGUAGGCUCCAACCAUCACACCCACCACCCUGGGCACCACAAUAGCCACAGCCACAAUGGACCUCUUAGUCACAGCUCAGCCCAUAGCCAUAACAGAACUCACAGCCAUACUCCUACUCAUAAUCACAACAAUGUAACCAAUCACAACUCACCUCACAGCCUCACUCACAAUGGUCACAACCUCAGCCAGAGCCAUAACCACACACCACCCGGGGCUCCGGCCCUGACCCCACGUGGCAACAGCAACCAGCUGCAGACCUACAACCACAAAGCUCCCUACCUGUACAGUCCCCCAUCACAUGCUCACCUCCCUGCCUCCACCACCCUGCCCCCAAACCCAGCAGGUAUGCUUGGCAUGCCCCAGGACUCCUGUCAUGUAGCCACUGCUCCACACCCACACCCCCGUCACAACCAUUACCCCGACCCACAACACCAAGGCAUGGCAAAUGGACUGUUCCACCAUGGCCAGGGGAUGGGGGGUGGUAGCGGUAACAACAACUACCUUGGCUAUCACCAACCACACCCCCAUGAGAGACUACCAGCUGACUUGGACAUCGACAUGUUCCAUGGUAGCUUGGACUGUGAUAUGGAGUCCAUCCUCCUCCAUGACAUUUUGGACUCUGGGGAGGAAAUGGACUUUAACUUUGACUGCUCCCUAGCUCAGGGUGUGGGCAUUGGAAUGGGUAUGGGCAUGGGUGUGACCGUGGGCAUGGGAAUGGGAAUGGGGAUGAGCGGACUGGCUGGUCCACAGCAAGCUCAUAGCAACCAGAGCUGGGUUCCUGGCUGAAGUGUAGGACAACACACCCUGCCCUCAGAAAGAACUACCCUACCCAUAAAGCACUGUGCUCAACUGUGACAUUCCUGACUUGACACAGAGACUAUAGGACCAACACUCCUGUCUUUCUUUGUUGUCUUGACAAUUCUUCUUUCACCCCCUCCUCUUUUGAUCCCCUUCCCCCCGAGAGAUCUAGUUCAUGUCACAUUAGGUUUUUCCUCAUAUCAGCUAUACUGUGAUGACAAUCUCUCAGCUGUGCUCGCCCAACAUCGCUUCUCAUCUACCAUGAGAACAACUGAACUCUCAAUGCACUUUAUUGCAAGUGGGUCACAUCUCGCAGUGCAAUGCGUUCACAGAGCAGCUCAGGCAGAGCUUGGCAUGUUUUGCUAGGUGGCUGCAGUACUUGACAGGAACAAAUGAGGAAAUCACAAGCUGUGUUGAUAAAGUAAUCUUGGCAGUGUAUUAAAAUUGGACUCCUUUUCUCAAAGACCGUCAUUGUCAGCAGUAAGGACUUUUUUUUCUACAAAAAAAAUCCCUUGUUGCAUUGUCGUUGGAACUUCUCUUUUUAAUUCAGCGUUACCUCAAAAUCUUAGAGAUGGCCUGUUCCUCAUUAUUCACCUUACAAACUUAAAACAGAAUAAAAUAUAUUUCAUUUAAACCUGAAUCAGAAACUGGUUAAUAUGCAAUGUAUUCAAAUAGAUUUCUGAUCUGAAACCAGUAUAAUGAUAAUGACAUUCAAAUGCUCAUCAGAUCCAAUUAUCUUACAUCAGCAGUCCUGUUAUUUACAGCUUCAUGCAUUUAGACCUUGGCACUUUGACUUUUCUCUUGUAUGUAACAUUUUGUUAAUGCCCUUUUGACAUAGGUUAGAAAAUAUUGUUGCUACAUCAUUAAAUGGAUUCUAUCAUUACUGGCUAGCAUGCAAUUUGGUGAAUUAAAAUGUUGUAUCACUUUGUCUCACCUGGGCUUCUCGUGCUAGUUUUUCUCUCUCUCUCUCUCUCCCUCUCUCUCUCUGCCUGCCAGUGGAGACAAAGUGACCAUUCCUCACACCGAGCCAUUAACGUGGCUUGAUUGAAAUUCAGCAUCUUGCUUUUAAUCUCCAAAGUGAUGCGGCAGCGAUGCGUCAUUAUUGAGAAUCUAACGCGUUGUCCUCCCAUCUCUCACCCCGGCCGUCCGGGCAGCCACUUGCCUCUCCAACUUAAUGUGCCAAGAAAGUGAGACAAAACUGUGAUUAACGCCAAGUCACUCUGCUUGCUGUCCUGCUCUGAGGAGGCCAAUGUCACUGUCGUCUUGCCUGCUCACAGAGGGUACAAAUGGAAAAGAUGGAGACAAGGAUAGAACAAAAGUCUGUUGUUACAGUGGGAUCAAUCACCAGCCUCAGUUUCCAUGCUGUUUGGGUGUGUGUGUCUGAAAACAGGUAGUGUAUCUGUAUUGUAAAUCAUCCUCAUUGUCUGUAUUUUGUGUUUCCUUGUUCCCAUGUUUUCAGUGCUUAUACCCUGAGCUUCAAAUACUUCAGCAGUGCAAAGAGAGAGAUUUAAGGAGAGAACAAUCAGCCAAUCUGAGUGGCAUAAGUCUAUGUCAAACAGGGUUGCAAAGCCCCACAGCCAUCCACACCCCCUUUUUGUGUGUUUAUUCUGUUGUCUUGUAGUUGUUGUUGUAUUGUUGAAAUUUUAAGGGCCAACAAGGACAGCGCUGAAAUAUCCAUAGUAUAAGGAUGGUGAAAUGAUGUUGGUAGUGCAGUAUGACCUUCCUAUGCUCCAAUACCGUGCACCCUCCCACAUGUGCUCCGCUCAAUUGUCUCUAUGUUUGUGAGUGGGGGAGUCUGAAGCUUGUUUCUCACUGGCCUUGGGAGAGAAAAAAAGAGGACACCCCUAUUCUUUAGUUCCCUCAAGGAGACUCACUGUGUUUUGUCUGUACCAAGUACGGCACACAAAAGAAAAGAAGAGGGUUAAGGGUGGGGUGGGGGUUAUUGUUACAGCCAAAGGUCAAGCACGGCACAGACUAUCAGACCCAUUACGGAGGUAAAUACCUUUAUUUCAGGGCUUUUAGCCGCACUGGUUCCAGUUAAUCUCUGGUGGAAAAUGUGUGGAAUUUUCUAAGCAAAUGGGCCUCACAAAGCAGUUAUGUUAUAACCUGUGCUACAGACAUUAGCAAUGCCCUGCUAUUGGAAAGAGAGCUAUAUAUGAUGUCUAAUUUUCCUAUAUUUAUUUAUGAAAGAGAUUGGUCUUUGUCACUCCUAAAUGUGGUAGUUGUUUGAGUCAACUCCUAUCCCUUCCUCUUUUUUUCUCUGUUUUUUAAGAUGUCACUCUCCCUUUGC